GCCCCGGGCGGCGCCAUGGAGCUGGGGGCGGGCGCGGGGGCGGGCGCGGGCCCCGGGGGCGGGCCGCGGCCGGGCCGCGUCCUGCUGCUGCUGCUGGGCGGGGGCCACGGCUGGGCCCGGCGGGGCGGGGCGGAGGCCGCGCCCGGGCCCGGCGGCUCCGAGGCGGCGCGGAGGCCGGAGCCCGGCUCCGACCCGGACUACGAGGCGCUGCCGCAGGGCGCCGCCGUCUCCACCCACAUGCUGGCCGGGGCCGUGGCGGGGGUGCUGGAGCACUGCGUGAUGUACCCCGUGGACUGCGUCAAGACGCGGAUGCAGAGUUUGCAGCCGGAGCCUGCCGCCCGCUAUCGGAACGUGCUCGAGGCCCUGUGGCGGAUCGUCCAGACAGAGGGUUUCUGGAGGCCAAUGCGGGGCAUGAACAUCACGGCCACUGGGGCCGGCCCUGCCCACGCCUUGUAUUUCGCCUGCUAUGAAAAGUUAAAAAAGACAUUGAGUGAUGUUAUCCAUGCUGGGGGCAAUAGCCAUGUGGCCAAUGGUGCAGCGGGGUGUGUAGCAACAUUGCUCCAUGAUGCAGCUAUGAACCCUGUGGAAGUGGUCAAGCAGAGGAUGCAGAUGUACAACUCACCAUACCAGCGGGUGACGGACUGUGUGCAGGCCGUAUGGCGCAACGAAGGGGCUGGGGCCUUCUACCGCAGCUACACCACCCAGCUCACCAUGAACAUCCCCUUCCAAGCCAUCCACUUCAUGACUUACGAGUUUCUGCAGGAGCAGCUCAACCCCCAAAGACAGUAUAACCCUGGCUCCCAUGUGGUCUCAGGGGCCUGCGCGGGUGCUGUGGCCGCCGCUGCUACCACGCCAUUGGACGUUUGCAAAACACUGCUCAACACCCAGGAGUCCCUGGCCUUGAACUCCAACAUCAGUGGACAUAUCACAGGCAUGGCCAAUGCCUUCAGGACGGUGUACCGAGUGGGCGGUGUGACCGCCUACUUCCGUGGGGUCCAGGCCCGGGUCAUUUACCAGAUGCCCUCCACAGCCAUUGCUUGGUCCGUGUAUGAGUUUUUCAAAUACAUCCUUACCAAGCGCCAGGAGGAGCGCCGGGCUGGGAAGUGAGUCAGAGCUUGGCCCUGCUCUGGGCCCAUGUAAUCUCCCCUCCCUGCCUCUGCCUCUCGGUGUCUCCCUUUUGGUUUGGUUUGUGCGGGAGACGGGGAGGCAGGAAAGCCCUUGGGUUCUAGCAAGGCCAUCUGUUGCCUGGGGCUGCUGCAGCUCUGCUCAGACAGCACAGCCUGCCCCUGUCCCCAGAACCCUCGAGUGAUGUCAUCCUGUAAGCUACAGCCCAGGUUACCUGCCCUUGCACUUCCACCUAGGAGCUGUGUUCCUGCUCUUCCCCCUCCCAAAUCUCCUUGAACGUAAAGCUUUGUCUCUCUGGGGAUAACAAAUACCAUGACCCACCACUGGCAAGUCAAAGCUAAGGUGCUCAGGAAAGGUCCUUGCCGUUGCCUGGAGUGCCAAGGGCUAUUGGCUGGUUUCUGGCUGGGGGAAGUGUAAGCUUAGCCGUUGUCUAGCAGCACGCACACACAGAUGCACGCCUGACACCGACUGCCCUGUUGCCAGCUGGCAGGAAGGAUUGCCCGGGAGGGGAGUUCGUAGGUUUGUGAUUGUUCCUACUCUUGGCGCCUCCAAUAAAUAAUUCUGCUUUA